AUGGCAUUUGUCCUCAUUACUGAUGCUUUCCUAUGGCUGGAAGAGAAGGCACGUCUAGAAGCUGAGGCCAGGGCACGGGAGCAUCUGCAUCAUCAAGAGGAGCGAAAGCAGCGGGAGGAGGAGGAUGAAGAGGAAGAAGAUGAAGAGCAGCGUUUCAAGGAGGAAUUUCAGCGACUUCAGGAGCUUCAGAAGUUAAGAGCUGCAAAAAAGAAGAAAAAGGAACGGCCAAGUAAAGACUGUUCCAAGUUGGACAUGCUUGCUCCAAAUUUCCAGGCAGCAACAGAGUCUAUCUCUAACUCUGAAAACUUCCCCAAUGGCUCAUUAGAACAAACCGAAGAACCAGAAACCUCAUCUCACUCCCCUUCCAGACACAUGAACCACUCAGAGCCCAGGCCAGGGCCUGGAGCCAAUGGGGAUGCUGCAGACCCCGUGGACCCCAGAGACUCCAAGCUUCUGCUACCCAAGGAAGUCAAUGGGAAGCAGCACGAGCCACUUGCGUUUCUCUUGGACAUGAUGCAUCAUCACAAAGAGGGAAACAACAAACAAAAGUUGAAGCAGAGUAGCAAGACCAGCAGCGAGCCAGCCAGGAAGCCCAUAGAGCCUCCCAAAGCCACAGAGGCUCAGCCUAAGCCCCGGGCCCAGCCAGAGGUAAAGCCUAAAGUAAUUGACCUUGCUCUCCUCACAGAGCAGAAGAGAGAGGAGAGGAAAGCCAACAGCAACAACAACAACAAAAAGCAUCUGAGCCACAUCAAAGAGGAGAAGCUGAACACUGUCGCUCCUGAGCCACCCUCCCCCAGCCAGCUACUGCAGAAUGGCAGGCUGAUUCUGGCCAGUUCUCCUCAGCCCAAGGGCAAGAAUAAGAAAAAUAAAAAGAAGAAAGGAGAAAGAACCAGCAGUUCAAUUGAUGAUGUUUUCUUGCCUAAAGACAUUGAUCUGGACAGUGUGGAUAUGGAUGAGACCGAGCGGGAGGUGGAGUAUUUCAAAAGGUUCUGCUUGGACUCUGCUAGACAGAACCGACAAAGACUAUCCAUCAACUGGUCCAACUUUAGCUUGAAGAAAGCCACCUUUGCUGCCCACUGAAUGAGGACUGCCUGGAGAGAGGGAUAUGUGAGAGGCAGCUGGGCUGCGCCACUCAAGAGCCAAGCCCCUCACUGGCUCCCCAGAGUUUUGGUACCCACCCAGGGUGUGUAGGGUGGGGUGCCGUGGCCUGACACCCCCAGACCGAGAACUUGCUGCUCGACCUGCGUUGUUAGCUUGUGUGCGUGUAGUCUGUGAGUGAGACUUCUUUGAUUGUAGCUCUGUGCUGUCGGAAUGGAACAGUAGUUCCCGCCAAUUCCUUCACCACCACGGCCUCAGAGGCCUAGGCCGUGGCCAGAGACGAGUUUGCAUCAUCCACGUGGCUCUGUCGCCUCUGCAUCUCGCCCUGUCCUGUCAUCUGUCCCCGCCAGGGUGUCAGCCAUCCCUCAGCUCCCUUGUGCCCUGUGUCCCACCCAAGGCGGGCUGGGCGGGCAGGCCUCCUAUGUCUUCUUUCACAAUCUACUGUUUCUGAGUGUACACGUUGCGCUGUUUGUGUUUGACCCCCUGACUUGUAGCCAGCUUGUGUAAGACCCCUUGCAGAAUGAGAACGUUAAAAACAAGAAACCCACCCAGUACUCACACCAUCAAGUCUGUUCUAGAGCGUACAACCGUAUUAACACGGAGGCCUGCCUGGCUACUUUUUUAACAUAUUGUUAAGUAAUAUUAAAAUCAUGUCUUUCUUUUUGAAAGAUGGAAUACAUUAGUACAGCAGGAAAAAAAAAAUACAA